GUCUGUAUGGAAUUACCUGCGCCCGCGGCGGAACUGGCGACGGCGGAUGGCCGGGCGCCGUGUCCCCGGCACUCGUGGCGAGCGCAGCCCCGGGACUGAACGCGGGGCUUCUCCGGCCGGGAGCGCAGCGUUGUGACCGGAUCGCACCGGAGGGACAGCGAGGAGGUCUCCUGCGGGGAGCAGCUGUGGAAAGAGAGAAGAUGAAAGUUCCUAUUCCAAACUUGAUUCUCUUGUAUGCUACUCUAACUCAGAGCUUGAAGGUUGUGACCAAAAGAGGAUCAGCUGAUGGAUGCACUGACUGGUCUGUGGAUUACAAGAAAUAUCAAGUUCUAGUGGGAGAACCUGUUCGUAUAAAAUGUGCGCUCUUUUAUGGAUACAUUAGAGCUAAUUACUCCCUAGCCCAAAGUGCUGGACUCAGCUUGAUGUGGUACAAAAGCUCUGGGCCAGGAGAUUUUGAGGAACCUAUAGCUUUUGAUGGAACUAGAAUGAGCAAAGAAGAAGAUUCUAUUUGGUUCCGACCAACAGUGGUACAAGACAGCGGACUCUAUGCAUGUGUUAUAAGAAACUCAACUUACUGUAUGAAAGUGUCCAUUUCGCUGACAGUGGGUGAAAAUGACACUGGACUCUGCUACAAUUCAAAGAUGAAAUAUUUUGAAAAAGCUGAACUUAGCAAAAGCAAGGAAAUCUCAUGUCCUGAAAUAGAGGACUUUUUGUUUCCAUUUAGGGAGCCUGAGAUUCUGUGGUACAAGGAAUGCAAGUCAAAGACAUGGAGAUCAAGUAUUGGGUUUAUAAAGGACACUCUCGUCAUUCGGGAAGUUAGAGAGGAUGACAUUGGAAAUUACACUUGUGAGGUAAAAUAUGGCAUCUUUGUUGUCAGAAGAACUACGGAAUUAACAGUUACAGCGCCACUAACAGAUAAACCACCAAAGCUUUUACACCCAUUGGAAAGUAAGCUAACAAUUCAGGAGACCCAUUUAGGGGGUUCUGCUAAUCUAACCUGCCGAGCUUUCUUUGGAUAUAGUGGAGAUGUCAGUCCUUUAAUCUACUGGAUGAAAGGGGAGAAGUUUAUUGAAGAUUUGGAUGAUAGUCGAGUCUGGGAAAGUGAUAUCAGGGUUCUCAAGGAACAUCUUGGGGAACAGGAAGUUUCUAUCUCAUUGAUUCUCAAUUCUGUGGAGGAAGGAGACCUCGGCAAUUACUCAUGCUAUGUUGAGAAUGGAAACGGACGCCGGCACGCCAGUAUUCUCCUACAUAAAAGGGAGCUGAUGUAUACAGUUGAGCUUGCUGGUGGGCUUGGUGCUAUUCUGCUGCUGCUUGUUUGUUUAGUGACUAUCUACAAGUGUUACAAGAUAGAGAUUAUGCUCUUCUACAGGAAUCAUUUUGGAGCUGAAGAACUAGAUGGAGACAACAAGGACUAUGAUGCAUAUCUAUCUUAUACCAAAGUGGAUCCUGAUCAGUGGAAUCAAGAAACUGGAGAAGAAGAAAGAUUUGCUCUUGAGAUCUUACCAGAUAUGCUUGAAAAGCAUUAUGGAUACAAGUUGUUCAUACCAGACAGAGAUUUGAUUCCCACAGGAACCUACAUUGAAGACGUGGCAAGAUGUGUAGACCAAAGCAAGCGACUGAUCAUCGUCAUGACCCCAAAUUAUGUGGUAAGAAGAGGCUGGAGCAUCUUUGAACUGGAAACAAGGCUUCGGAACAUGUUAGUCACAGGAGAAAUUAAAGUGAUACUGAUUGAAUGCAGUGAACUGCGAGGAGUUAUGAACUAUCAGGAGGUUGAGGCCCUGAAACAUACCAUCAAGCUCCUCACUGUCAUUAAAUGGCAUGGACCAAAAUGCAACAAGUUGAAUUCCAAAUUCUGGAAACGUUUACAGUACGAAAUGCCUUUUAAGAGGACUGAACCCAUCACACACGAGCAGGUUUUAGAUGUCAGUGAGCAGGGGCCCUUUGGGGAACUGCAGACAGUCUCUGCAAUUUCAAUGGCUGCUGCCACCUCUACUGCUCUUGCCACUGCUCAUCCAGAUCUACGCUCCACCUUUCAUAACACAUAUCAUUCACAGAUGCGCCAGAAACACUAUUAUCGAAGCUAUGAAUAUGAUGUACCUCCUACCGGCACCCUGCCGCUUACCUCAAUAGGUAACCAGCAUACCUACUGCAACAUCCCUAUGACACUAAUAAACGGGCAGCGGCCACAGACAAAAACUAACAGGGAGCAGAAUCCAGAAGAGGCUCACACAAACAGUGCGAUACUGCCCCUCUUGCCACGGGAGACCAGUAUAUCAAGUGUCAUUUGGUGACAGAAAUGCAAGGGGCUAUCCAUCCCCUUGAGUAGAAGCUGAGUCUGCAGUCCGGUGCCUGGAACUACAUCCUCGACUGCUGCUGUUAAACAUGCAUUACAAUCGAUAAUAUAUGAGGAAAAACAGGGUCUUGUACAUACGUUUUUUGCAAUUUCUUUGUAGCAUCGGUCUUCCUGUUUUACCCAUGUUCUCUUCCCAUACACAUUUUCGACUUUGUUUUAUAUGUCAUUGGAAUUUGUAUAUUUACAUUUUUUUAAUGAAGAGACUGCUGUAUAGAUAGGAAACUUUUUGGCUUCAUUAGUAUAGUUUUAGACUUUUUUUUUGGUUCGUUUUUAACCUCUCUUGGGAAUGCUUGGACAAAGCUAUGUUGAUAUCAGAUGCGCCAUCCAUUUUGUUGGCCUGCCUAGCCUGAUUCCUGAAGGCCAUGCCUGCUGCAAUUCACCUGUUUUGGGUAAUAUUUGUUCUUAGAAUGAUCCCAUCCCUCACUGAGAGCCUUUGUUUCAUUUCUUCCCCUGUAAUGUGCAUCACUCCCUGCUCUUACAAUGGCCCCAUUUGGGGUAACACUACAGUCUGAUCAUCUAACAUUUAACUUGGUAGAAACUUGUUAAACAGACUAUACCCAAUCUGUAUCGGUUGCUUCACAGUAGUCACUACAGAAUGUGUAGAAAAUAGAGAUGGUUUGAUUUUUGCUUUCUUGGGAGAUUUAUUUUUUUGUUUUUGUUUUAAGAAUGAGUCAAUUGUACCCCUUUUAUAAAUAUAAAAGCAAGCCCUAUUUUUAACACUUCCUGGAAAAGUAUUAAUGUGGUCGUGGAUUUUAUUUUUAAGCAUUUGACUUUUUUCUUUCCCUCCUUUAAAAACCCUGCAAAUAAGAUCAUUUCCAAUUUUUAGGAAAGCAAGACAAGUCAGGCAAUAGGCACUGAAGUACAGUGAGUCCUGCUGAUAUUUACAGUGAUGAUUUCCAAACCAAAGGGGAAUAAAAAGGCAGUAUCUUAGAUGGUUGCCAUUAUGUAUUAAAGAAAGUGUUAUUUUCUGAAAAAGGAAGAGCAAAACAUUAUUUUGCUGUGGAUUGCAGAGUCCCCUUGUAUUUUAAUGUUCAAAAUUGUAUUUGCUUUAAAAUGAUAUAUUCAAGAUGAAAAAAUACUAUUUAAUUUGGUUUUAGCUUGUAACAAUAAGUAAAGCUUAAUUUUAACAUGAUUUCAGUAAGAACUCAGGCAAAAAAGAAAAAAAAAGAAACAUGAACACCAACAAAUAUAAUUGUUUUCAGAAUAAACUUUAUUUAUACAAAAUUAAUAUUUAAAUAAGACUUUGAAGUAUUAAAAACAAUUUAUUCACUUUAAUGAAUAAAUAAAUUAGUUUUAUUUUUUAUGUAUGUUUCUAUCUUUGAGGAAUUGCAGAUAAUGCCUUUACCAUGGUUGCCAGGGAAGAAAAAAACCACUGUCUUUAUAUCUGGGCAUCUUUAAGACAAAUGAACCAAGCAACUUACAUUUUAAAUAAAGGAAGAGUCCUUUAUGGUUUGAGAAAGAGCACAGAGCACUGUUGUAGCUGUACACGGUAUUCAGGCCAAGCUGUCUGCCAGUCUCUGCUAGCAGAAGCAGAAGAGCAGAGGCAGAAUUGCUGCUUGCAGCAUACUCUCAUAGAGUCGUGGGUUUGAUUGACUCUGGCAAAAAUGUAGCUGGUAGCCUGGCAGACAAACCUGAUCGUCUGUUUCUGCAAUUAAUUAGCUUUAGGAAUUUUUGUGGUAGCUGACUGAUAUUAGCCAAUAUAAGGGAUGUGUGGGGUUUGUUCAUCUUAAUUGUCUCAAGGAGAAAAGUACAGCUUAUAAUAUUUUGGUCUUCUUAAUGAGAAGUAAUGAGUAAAGAAGAGGUAAACUGCAGUUUGGGGGACGUUUGUGGGAGUAAUCCAGAACUGACAGCGUGGGAGGAUGUAACUAUGAUCGUGUUGUGAAAGUCAAGAAGUCUCAGUAUGUGCAUAACAAGCCAAUAGAGCUUUGGGAUGUGCACUGAUUUUUGCUUGCUUUAAAAUGUUCAUUUCUCUGACAAUUUGCUCAAAUCCUUUUCUACAAUCUAUCAUGGUGUCUCCCUCUGGACAUGUGCCAAAUGUCCACAAAAUGGAAAUGAAGCUGCCAGGCCAGAUGAAAUUCUAAAGGAGCUUUGCACUUUUGUUUUCUUCAUAGUGUAAGAAAGCUAUUAUUUAUUCACUCUUACAGACACCUGUCAGGCACUGAUGGCAUUUUUCUUCAUUCAACUGAAUGCCAAAUGUACCAGUACCCUCUAAAAACAAUUUUUUUUUUUUUCUUUUUUCCUUCAUUUUCCUUCCCUCUUACAUGCCCUGUAGAAAAGACUGGGAUGUGGAAUAAAUGUAGAAUGUAUCUAUCUAACCACAGUCAUUUUUAGGCAGUGUUAGGUAGUUUGUUCCUUAGCCACACAGGGAAUACUUUUCUGUUCUAUUUUAAUGCAAAUUUAAGCACUUUGAAUAGCAUGAUUCAGGGACUGAUGGAUACAAUUUGAUAUUCACAGUACUUUUUUUAAAAAAGAGAUUUUCUUUAUAAUACUUUUAUUAUAAUAUUAAAAAAAAAUAGGAAGAAGGAAGGAAAGAAAGAGAGAGAGAAGGAAAGAAAAGAAGAAAGAAAGAAAUGUAGAAGCUAUCUAUCACUUCAAAAACAUUCCUUCUUGGUAUUCCUCCUCUAUAAACAGCUCAGCUCUGUGUGGGAAACAGUGAAGGAAACUGCUGUGUGUUCAACAUACUCUGUGUUUGACAAAAGUUCUAUUGGAACAAAAAAUAAAAUGGAAAAAUAUAAUCUUUCACUGCCCUAGGGAUUAGGCUCCAUCCUUUAUUGGUGAAGGUAUUCCAGUUUUGACCCUACAGUCCGAAGUGUGCAUGCAAUAGACACAUUUAAGAUUUAGCCAUAAACAAAUAGCACUUUAUUUUUAAAACUGCACAGUGUGAUGAUUGGAGAAACUUACUCUGGCUGGUCAAGGAUUUGGGGUCUGUAUACGUGGAUUCUAUGCACAUUAUUUACACAAAUGUGGCGCUUUAUAAGGCUCUGUAUUAUCAGGGUAAUCCUUGCUGUAAAACUAAAGGACUCUGCUAUAUAACCUAUGUACAACGUAUAAACCUAAUCAAUUUAUAAGUCCUGGCAGCACAUGCAGCUUGACAUAAAUGGAGAGCUGUAUAAGAUGAAGCUAAUUAUUUUGAAGACCAAGUGCAUUGUGACAUCUGAUUCUGUUCUCAGUUGCAGCAGUACAAUCUGAGAAUAGAUCUAAUAAAGCUGAAUGAGUAUAAUUUGAGUUUGUGUGAGAAAAGAAAAUUGGAAAGGCAAAAAGAAAAGGAAUUCACAUUUGAAGGCUGUUACAAGCCGUGGUUGCAAAUUGUCUUCUGAAUUUUAGUAUGGACCCAGUUCUCACCCGGCUGCAAACAUCAAGAGCUUCCAAUGUGAUCUGGUUCAGAGCUAAAUACUCUUAUCUUUAGAUGCAAACUAAGAUUUUUCUAUUGUUAUACAGCUGUGAAAAUCAGAAGUAUGAUACGUGAUUAAUGAUAAUCGAUUUAAAAAUAAUUGGAAAGCCUGUUUUAUCCUUUUGAUUAAAAUUUAAAAAAAUCUACUUUAAUAUUGUGCAUUAAUGACAUAUAAAUUAUAUAUAGAUCAGUGAGAUUGUACAAAACUGGCCUAGUAAAUGGACUUCUUUCAUUCUUAAAAACAGUCAAGCUAGCAAGACUAAGAAGAAUUUAAUUAAGAUUCAGAAAAGAAAUAAAAAAUAACAGCAGUAAAGUAAGCCAAAAAGUAGGAUAAAGGCCAGUGGAGAAUAAAGGUCAAAGUACCUGCCUGUUCCUUGACUGUAUUGUGGCUUUUUUUGUCAUGCAAUGCGCUGUACUCUGGCUGACCUACAUAACGCAAUUGGUAUUUUUGGGGCCCAUCCAGAUUGAUGAGCAACACAAAUGUAUCCCCAUGUGCCUAAUAGACUCCUGAAUGAUUUGCACUUGUCAGUUGUCUAGCACAGAGAGUUUCUGUUGCAUGCACUAUUGUCAUAACAGAGAGGAUGGCAGAAACCUGACAGUGCUAAAAACAAUCUCUGUGGAAGAUUUAGUUUAUUAUCCAUUGUAAAUGUAUGCCUUCAAACUCACCCCCUAUCUGAUUUGCUGUUAUUAGAACACUUCAUAACCCAUUUUUCAGAUGAGCAAGAGAUCGGUUUGGCUAGAAACAGAAAAAUCUAAGCAUUUUCACAGCAAUAAAUCUGCUUGUAUAAUGAUUGCUUUUUUUUUCCUAUCAGUCGCAGCUCUUCACAUCCUAAAUAGCCCACAGAGUGGAGAUUGAAUGAUGGACAUUUGAGACAUGAUCUGUCAUUUGAGAUUCAUUACAGGGUUUGUAUAUUGGACUUAGUACCAAACUGCCACUUCUGAUGUCAUUUUGCUGGGCUAUUUCCUUUUCACUCUGGCUAUAACCUCAAAGAAAAUGUGUUGGCAGCCUUGUAUUCCUCUAGCUGGCCUUUGUUUGAUGGUCCAGAACUAGGAAUUGUUGCUCUGGGAAGUAAAGCUAAUUUAAAUGUUUCUGCUAUCAAGAGCUUUCCUAUGCUUUUUGUUUGUUUAUAUUGUUUGUGACAUUUCUGAUCUUUGCUCUGGACCAAUAAACAUUGUAGAUGGGAGGUCAAUUGAGCUAUGUAGUAGUCAAAGCAUAAAUUACAAAAGCAGGCCUGAUAACUUGUUUGAAACUUACAAAUUCUGCAGCUGAUCAUAUUACUAAAAAUUAAGCACACUGAGCUAUAGAACUGUUGAAGACAAGUGUUCUGUUUAUUACUACAACUGUCUUCAGUUCAAGAGCAUUCUUACAUUAAAAAACCAAUACCCUAGAUAAAAUAAUUUCAGAAGCAUUCGGUUGUUAAAAAUAUAUAAUUUGAUAGAGUAUGAAUAAUAUGAUUCUCUAAGUAAUAACUCAGUGGUAUAGGAAGUAGGUAAUCUUCUAUUAUUGAGCUUAAAGUAAGUACAAACACCUCUUUGCCUGGUCACUCUGGUAUUAGGAAAAGAACCUGAAGUUAAAUUUCAGAGCCAAGAAUUUGAUAGGGAUAUUCUUUAUAUUAUUUUACUAAGACGUAUCUCUUACCAACCAAGGCAUGACAGAAUGAACUCAAAAAUUACUCCAGAAAUAAAAUGGAUAUAUUUUUUUAACAUUACUACAUUAUUUUUCUCUUUUCUUUUUUUUUCUUCUUUUUUUUUGUUUUUAAUCAAAUGUUAGCUCUUUUCUGUCCUCUCCAGUCAUUCAGAUAAAAUAAAUGCCUACUAAGCCCUCAGUCCCUAGUACAUUUGGUGGUGGAUAAGGAAGUGCAAGAUGGUGGAAGGGGCUGCAGCACAUGACCACAGUUGAGGAACUCUGCAGACCUGAAGCACACACAGGGUCAUUUGGCUGUCAUGCUUAGUCAGGAGGAUAUAAAUGAAACUACAGUCUCAAUACAUCACCACAUUUCUCCUGCUGUAGGAGUGAAAACAAAGAUGAGCCUAGAAAGAGAUUGUCUUAUCUGGUUAGGAUGCAGUCCAGUAAAAGACAGUUAGAAGAAACAGCUGUGAGGAUCAGAUAACCUCAAAUCUGGACUCCCUCACAGCAGCUCCCAUCCAAUCCAACCCCAUCCCAUUGUUUUCUCUGCACUUGCCUUGUAGGGUGUAUUAGAAGUACAAAGUUUGCUGUGAGCCCUCAGAUUGGAGUACAUGUGAAAAGUCUUCACAGGAAGUACAUUUCUUCUCUCCUGUGAAGAGAGCAAAGCAAAGCAGGAGCAAAGCAUUAUGUAUAUUUGUGUGUAUGUGCUCUUAGUUCACAAACCAUUUUUUACAUCCCCACAGAAUGCACGUUUGAGGUAAUAUCUUGACACUUCCUGUGAAGUGAAAAGAAGGUUUUAGAAGGUCAGUUUGGGCUCAAAAUAUUCUCACACUUCUGCUACAUAGCUCCAGGGUGUGAACAGACACUCAAAGAAAUAAAUAAAAAUAAACAAAUAAAGCAAAAUAGCAAUUCAGUUCCUAAGCCCUAUUUCAAGCAAUUAUUCAGGGCUGCUUCUUCCAAAGCAGACUGUUUUUUCUUGCAGUUUCGUAGGAAAGAGUUUUAAAUUUUCUUUUCAUUACUUGCAUGACAGAUAAAUCACAGGGAGAUUAUACUUAUUUUUUUUUUAGAAAGCCUCAUCCUUCAUUGUAAGUUUAAGAUGCAAAUGACAAUGAAUAUACAGACUUAGAAGAAAUUGUUUGCUGCAGUUAGUAUUCUCAGGUGAACACUGCAACUCUAAUUAAGUUCUUAGGGACAUUUCAGUAGACAAUUUAAACAAUUAGUAUUAUGUGUAUAACUCCAGCAUCACAUUAGAGUGUUGGACAUUUGUCUUCUUAAAACCUAGGCAACUUAAAAUGGAACAAUUAUGUAAAUACAAAGCAGAGAGGGAAACAGCUACACAACUAUCUCUUCAUCUAUCUCAACAAAUUGUUCAGUGACAUCAGGUUCUUUCUUUGAGAUUACCAACCUAUGUCUACCUCAGCUAAACACAUGAAUCAUUGCAAAUCAUGAAGACAUCUUGGGAAAAAUUGUUGCACUAGGCACACUCAAAUAUUUGUUACAUCCCAAAACAGAUUUCAUGCUUUUCUUUGCCUGCACAUAAGUAUUUAAAUGUGUAAUUGUUUAAUCAUAGAACAAUGCAACAAAAUAAAAUAAGUAGCCUUUUCAUAAAAAUUGAAGGAAGCCCCAAACAUCUGUGUUUGUCUGGAGGACCAUAUCUUCCAUAUAUUGCAAAAUGAAGACAAGCUUUUAAUCAGAUCAUUGCUAAGUAGCACCGUGAUACAGUUGGGUAGCUGGAGGUGACAGACGGUGUGAGGAACACAGUGCAGACCUUUGCUGAUCAUGGCAUGGUGAUACGUGAUGAACUCUCAACCAGUCCUGCUGUCAUGGGUGAUUACAAACAUUCUUUGCCUGUAGGACACUAAAUACUCACAUUUCUCAGGUACUUCCUUCCUAUCUUGAGUGCUAUCUGAAGUCAUUUGUAUAAUCUUGCUAGAGGUAGAAAAUGUUCUUUCUACAUGACAAGAUCUACCUGAAUCACAGGAAUAUCUGCCAGAGUUCCUAUCAUGGUAUAUAAUAAUUUGUGUUGAUUGGGUUUAUCUCCUAUUUUCUGUACUUACAUUUUCACUAUUCUCGUCUCAUAAACAAGACGAGCUAUUCAAUGCUAUACAUGUCAAUGCUAUAUAUGAAGGAGCAUUUCUACUGUUUUUUGUUCUUUUUUCUUUUUUCUUUUUUUUUUUUUUUUUUACUGUUUGAUAUUUUUAAGAUAGAUAAACAUCAGCAAAGACUCUUGACAACUUGAUCUUUAUGACAUGUUGGAGAAAAUAUCUUUGUUCCUUCAUCUUAAGCAUGAUAUGCUUCUUUAGGACCUUGGAAAAGAGCAGCCUAGAAAAUAAGGGGUUGGGGACAGACUGAUUGAACAAUCUAUACGUAUUAUUUGCAAAGAUGUUUUUACUCCUUGUUGCUCUCCAUACUAUUUUUUGUUUCAUUUAGUUUGUUUUUCAUAAGGAGAUAGACAGCAAGACUGAGGAGGUAUCAUUGCAAUACAUUAGACUAGUGAGGGCAUAAAUACCUUGAAAAGAAAGCAGGUGAGCUCCAGAGAACUGAAAGUCUUCUACCUGUGUAUAGGUAAUUGGUUCAGAGAGCUGCUGGAUUUCCUCUGCUCCCACUUUAGUCAGUUCUCCACCUCAAAGACACCUCAACAAAGACAUUUUCAAAUGGGAAAAUAGUGCUUUCAGGUGCUCCUCUCCAAAAUGCAUGGGCUCGAACGCAGUGAGUUUGAUGCUACACACUCAUAGUUUGAUUAAGAUGCUGUGAGAAACCUGAACUUUCUUGCUUUCAGUUUGUUCUGAUUGCCAUCUUUUGGCUUGCUAAGAUUCUCCACAGACUCAAAGACUAAAAUCAGUUAUAAAUCAGUUAAAAUCAGAUAAAAUCAGUUUUCUCUCAAGGUUAAUAAAUGAUUACCUAUAGUAUCAUCGCUGGUUGUUUUGAAUAGCUGACUAGAAAAUACUAAUUUGCACCUUCCUAUCCUCGUGCCCAAGAUAAUCACCAUUUAUAACUUAUUCUAAAUGUCCAUUGAAGAUCUGAUUUAGCCUUUUUACUGAGUCAGCAAGCACAGACAUAAUUAUAUAUAACAUCUUGAUUUCAUUGUGAAGACUUGCUGACUCAUUAAUGCUUUUAUCUUAUUCCUGUCCAGAAGCAAAUAAUAUUAAAGUAGGCAACUGCACAAUGUUGGGCAGUGCUGUGACAACCAAUGUAGUUAGUGACCUGAAGAUACUAAGAGACAAAAUAUUAAUCUUAGAUCAUAAAAAAAAAAAAAAAAAAAAAAAAAAUUAAACAUUCCUCCCAACAUUACUUCUUAAAUCCAGAGAUGUAGCUUAAAUCAAUGUUUAGUCACAUAUGAAUUUUUCAAAUAAAGCACAGUAUUAAGUCUGUGCAGCUACUAGUGUCAUGUUACUAUUCAUAAUACAAUAAUACAAUAAAUGUAAGCAAAUGAACCAUCUCACAGGUAAACAUUUUAUUAAUAUAUAGUACAUAUGUAGAUCACUCUGAAAGUAAUGCCUCCUAUUUAUUUCCACGGAAACUACAAUAUUUCAAAGAGAACAAUAACACUAUAAGACUGAGAAAAUUCUCAGCUACAAAACAAUGUUUUUCAACAGUCACCACCAACAGCUAUGCAUUUUUUGCACCAGCAGAGCUGACCCACUGUUUCACGGCUGCUAUGGCAGUGUUCUUGCUAAGAUAUGUGUUGCCCAUGGAGUCAAUCCUUCACCGGCCCAAACAGAUGAAAGUCAGAAGGUGCCAAAUCCAGACUGUACCACUGCUGUGGUAGGACAGUCCAGCCAAGAGUACCAGUGUGCUCCAUGGUCUUCAAACUGAUGUUUUGGAGUUCUGGUGUUAUCAUGUUGCAAUAGAAAGGGUAUCUUUUUCUUUGUGUUGACUCUGAAAGUUCAACGCUUAGUCACGUUGUGAUGUAGCAGUUGAUGCUUUGUCCGGGUUUCAGGAAAUCCUUUAGGAAUUGCCCCUUUUCCAUGUCAAAAGACAAUGCACAUGCCUUUACCCAGUAAGGGCUAUGUCUUGAACUUUUUCUUUGAUGGGGAAUUCACAUGUCAUCAGUCCA